UCCACUGGAUGGUUUUCGAUUUAUUUUUUUAUUGCGUUACAGUGAAAACGAUCUAUAAAAAACACGCAGGAUCUGAAACGUCACUUAGCGACUUCGCUGAUAAGAUGGCUCUCAAAGGUAAAAGGUAGUUAUUUUCACCACCCCUUCCUCCCCCCUCCCCCCAAAUAAACUAGCCCUGAUUAUGAGAAAACGUGCACUGUAGACUGCUCAACAACUUAUUUUUCUACUAAUACCUUGUCUCUCCUUCAUUUGCUUAGCAUUGUCAACAUUGUGAUUCUACGGCAACGCAACCUAGUAUAACCCCUCUAGACACUUUUAGGUAAAAAUGUUUCUUUUAUCUCGACCUCGUAAAUAGUGCAAAUGCCAGGGGACUUGGAGAGUUACUAUUUCUGAAAAAUUGUUGGAUCGGAAUGAAAAGUCGAACGUUGGAUCGGAAAUGUAGCAUAAAAGCAAACAAACAAUCUAAAAACAAAGUUGAAAGAAUAAAGCUUAUAAAUUAAAACCGCUUCUCAACUCUAAAUUGUGCUUCACUGAAAAGCUUUCUUUCAAAUUCUAAUUAGCGAAUUUUUUGACAACAAGUCCCCCGCUGAUUUACCUUUUAUCAAGUUUUGAUGGAAACAUAACAAAACCUCAGACAAUUAUGGCGCAGUUUGUAUGUUUAUGCUGGGUGUGGCGUGAGAAAAAAGCUUAUUUACAAAUCUAUCGCAAAAACAAAUCAUGUUUCCUCAUGUGUGAUGGAAAACUCACUACACGAGAGUUUGUUCGAGUGUUCGGCUAACAAGCUGUUAAAGAGGUGACAACAGGAUUACACUCCAGUUCUAGUACAAGUUUUUUAAUAGCUGGUUGUUUUAAAAGUGAUUAUUAAUUCCCAACAGCCCCGCGCGUGUGGCGUGUAAGUCACGCUUGACAUGACUUGACAUUUUGACAAUUUGAAUUUUAGCGCGAGACAGCCAUGUGCAAAUUGAGUGUUAUCGCUCUCCGAAUUCGAUCGGGUUGCUUUCCGUUUCAUUUGUGUGCAUGUGGUAUGGAUACUUUGGAAUGACUAUGGAGUCGAUUGGGAAAGUUUUGGCCUUUUCUGUCCUGUUUCAAGGGUACACAUUCAUAACUUGUCGACGGUGCGAUUUUUCGAUUCAAACUUCGCCGUCAAAUUGGGUUCGAAAACCUUGUGCUUUCUUCUUCGACAACAAACCCAAAACGAAAUACAUUGGAUUUGAAUUCCGAUUGAGAGAUGACACGGCGACGAAACUAGCUUUUGAAGUCGUGGAAGCGAAUUUUUACAAGUUCUUUCACAGCCCUUUGACGCCUUGGAACGAUAGCUGUGAUUGUACUGAAGUACCAUGUUUGAACGACGAGCAAUUGAUCAAGUUGUUUGUUUUCAGCGUGGAACAAACUCGCGAAGAAGCGAGGUGGACAUUUCCAUUUAUUUCUACGUUAUGCUGCUCCUUACAACAAGCUUUAGAGGAAAUUGUUCACCGUUUAACCGAAGAACAAGUCGCCGAGUUAACAAAAAUCCCUUUGAAAGAAAUUAACAUGCAAAAAUGGACAACACAUUUGAUUGAUGGACUUCGACAAACGGAAUGGUGUGAAUCUUUCAAAGCGAAAUGUGACAAUGUUGUUCAUCGCAUUUGGGAAGGAUGUGAAGAGAAAAGGAGGGAAAAAAGAGAUAUUGGUGUCAAAUCUACGACAAUGUGUGGUCCGUCUUCUUGCAAUCACGAUAUUGGACCAGUCUCUCCUACGCCUCUGAUGAAAGUGAAGGAAACAUCUCAUGUUGGUGUACAAAACUCGGUGAGCACAUCUGAGCAACGCUUGGUCACAUCGAGAACGCUUUCAAACAGUGUAAGUCAAGAUGAAAAAAGUUCAGAAAUGGCGUCAUUAAAAACAAGCAACAUUGGCAUAGGUAGCCUUCAAGAAAGAACUGUUGGUGUUUUCACCUCGAGUUUUCUCACUGAAACCGCAGCGAUGCCCUCCGCCAAAUCUCUCCUGACCAUGGUGGAGUCGAUGUCACUGUCCGCGUUACCUUUCACAUCUCCCUGCUCGAAGUCUUUAUUGGUUGACAAGGAAGGUAUAUCCUCAGAAGACACGAAAAUUUCAUCUGAGCGCAUUCGUACAUUUGCUGCAUUUUCCACUGAAUCGUUUUGGCACUCCACGGAGAGUUAUUCCAAAGGUAAAGCUACUGGAAUCUUCACAGCUUCUUUUCAUAAGUCUACUGCCUCCAUUUCUCGGACCACGGUGUACCUGUCAACCAUCGUUUCGCCAUUACACAACACUCAGUCAUCCAACGAUUUGUCAACGCAAACUUCCAAUGUCAAAGAAGGCAAUGUAACGGGAUAUUUGACGAAGAAGCUUUCCACAUCGACAACGCCCGUGAUAGCAUAUUCACCGGUGCUGGGGACACGACAACCGAGUAAUCGCACAUCGACGAAAAUGUCAAGCACUAUUACUUCAACAUACCGAAUCACUGACAUGGAGAAAUCCGAAAAAACUUCAGCGCCCCUUGUUAGUUUAACGUACUACAUGCUGGAUAAGUCAGUGCCCAUGGCAACCGAUGAAACGCAAAACAAGGCGUCUUCGAAGUCAACCAACUCUUCCCAUGAACUGGGAAAAUCUUCCUUGUUUUCUUCAAAGCUCUCGUCUGAUUCUCUACAGUCUAAAACGCUACAACGGUCUGUUAUAACGCCUUCGAAGUUUCCGCAUUUGUCAAAGAGCUCAUCAGCAUUAGAUUCGGCUUCAGGAGAAAUCUCAAGUGGACAGAAUAAAAUUAUAAUGGGAGUGAGUGCUGCUUCCCUCGCGACAAGCCUUUUAAGGUCUUCACUCACCAAUCCCCUUUGGUACAAAACAGGAAUUCUACGCUACUCAUCGUCGAGUAAAGGCAGCAAGAGUCGUGUAGAAGCUACCUCUUUUGUGCUGGUAUCUGGAUUAAAAGAGAACUUGAAGUCGUCUUCAUUGUCCCUUAUGUCAAAGAUAACAUUAUUAUUGACAUCAACUUUGUCGUACUCGUCUUCAUCCUCUCCCUCCAUCAUGAUCAGCACCCUCUCCUCCUCACCAGUACCAUCUUCAUCUUCGUUGGUUUUGCCUUCACUGUCUUUGGAGCUGCGUUCGUCUUCAUCAUCGUUGUCCUCGUCAUCAACACUGAAAGACACGGUGGCCGUACCCAUUCCUGCUUCACCUCGGUUAUCACUUUCUGUAUUACCAUCAAAUUCAAGUCGGCUGUUAUUACCCUCUGCUCAACCAAAACCUUCAACUUUGUCAUUACCUGUGACAUUUUCCGUGACAAGUGCUUUGUUGUCGACACAAAAGUCACCUGUACAAUCUACGUCACACUCAUCAGUGACGUCAGUGUCACGUGCAUUGACAUCGCCAUUACGGCUGUGGCCCUUAUCAUCUAAAGAAUCAAAAUUAAAAUCCACAGUUGAGUCACUGCCAUUACCUUUGUCAUCGUUGCCGUCAACAACAUUUCAGGACACAUUACGAAUAACAACAGCAUCUUUGUCGACGUUAACUUCAUUGCAAACAACAGACUUAUCGUUGUUUUUAUCAACAUCGUCAUCGUCAUCGUCAGCAUCCUCAACAACAACAAAGACCAGACCAGCAACGACACUCAUCAGUCCAGCAGCAGUACCAAAACCUUCUUCUCCAACACUCUCACCGUUGCCUUUGUCAUUGCAGUUGUCAUUAACUGCUUCUUUACCACCAGUAUCCUUAAAGUCAGUGUCUACAUCAAUGACAGCAAAAAUAUCACCUUUGCCGUUGUUACGGUCUUCAUUUUCCUCAUUAUCAUCAUUGUCGUCGUCAUUGGUAACAACCACAUCAAAGUUUCAACCUUCACUUUCGCGCUUCUCUACGCUUCCGCAUCAAGCAUUGAACACAAAAACGUCCCUUAUGCCGCAAAGAACUACACUCUCUUCUUUAUUGUUAACCUCCCUUGGAACAAAAUCAUCUCCUCGUUCGAGCGAAACACUCGGCAAUUUGUCUUACACUGGAACAAAAGUUGCCCCUCCCAACAACCUGCACACAUUGGAAUCGUCUUCUUCAAAGCCAAGUGCAGCUUCACCGGUAGUCAAUGAAACGUUUCUGGUAAAGUUCCACGCUAAUUGUAGCGCCAUCACAAACGAGGAUGAUUUCAAAGCUAGUUUCAUAACCGCACUGACCUAUCUGCUACAGAUCUCAAAGUCUGACGUCAUAGUUCAUGAAGUAAUCUGCGGUUCUGUAGAUGUUCUUUUCGUGAUCAAAAGCGCGCGUGGCAGAAACUUGACAAGCGAACUUUGGGCAGUAAUAAAAAACGGAUCAUUCGUAUUUACAUACAACGGAACGAAAUUUGUAGCGUUUGAAUUAAGAGAGAUCUCGAGGCCAUCCGUAACUCCGACAGCUCCCUUCACGUCUCCUUCGACGCCAUCAAAGAAUUCCAAACAUGAGAGGAAAAAGAUCGUGUUCAUAAUAUUCGUGUUUAUCGGAUCAGUCUUUGUAGCCUUGUUUAUAUUUUUGCUGGUAGUAUUUUUGGCCAGGUUUUCUCGCUGCUGCCGGAAAACUGGAAAAUUGCGCGUGCGCAGAAACGGUCGUUUCCAUGCUCCCUUGGAAUCGGAGUUAAAACGGUUUGCGGUGCGCAGGAGCCUUUUCCAAGGAAUAAACUUCUACGGUGAUAUCACACAGUUGGAGGAAAUGAAACAAGACGCUGAAAUUGUUGAGGAUGACAUUGACAUUGAGGAAGAGUUUUCCGAGAUUCAUCCAGUCGACACAAACACUUGUUUGUUAAAUGGCAGCAGUCACACAAAUUCCAACAAUGUAGAAGAACACAAGUUUGUUUUUGAUGAUGAGGACUCAUGUUCAAGUGUACUCUUUUACUAAACUGUGUGAUAGUUUCGAAAAGCGCGAAAGUUAUAUUUUAUAAUUGGGUCUUUUUCUCGCAUUUGCCCCAGAGACGUAUAUAAACUUUUCAUAAAGAGUUGUAAAAUUUUUCUGGAGUUAUAUUUCGUCCAGAAAUUAUAUAUUACUGAGCAAUUUUAUAUAUUUUUAUGGACAGAUUUGUAUAAACCUUUAUGAACAAAAUAAAUUUAAACUGUGAGCAGUA